AUGAGAAUUUGGCACAUUAUAUUUUUUCUUGGCCUCCUGACUUUGGUGGUUUGCGAAGAGAAUGAGAAAAACAUCAUCAAAAAUAAAGACGCCGAAGUUGAAAAUAAGGCCAACAGUGCUUAUACCGAGAAACGACAAGACAAACGCGGACUCAGUCAUUUAGAGGGUGGUUAUGAGGGCCAUGACAGCGGUUAUGGUGGUGGUGAUCAUGGGGGUGGCGAAAUCUCUUCGUCGGGUGGAGAUGGAGGUGGAUACGAAGGUGGAUAUGGAGGUGGUGAUGAUGGUGGCAAGGUCAAACAAAUAACUAUUGUGAAAAACGUUAAAGUCCCUUAUCCAGUAGAGAAGAAAGUACAUUACCCGGUUGAGAAAGAAGUUCCAUAUCCAGUCAAAGUACCGGUACCACAACCAUAUCCGAUCGAAAAGAAGAUACCUGUACCUGUGAAGGUUCUUGUAAAGGUGCCCGUUCAUAUACCACAACCGUAUCCAGUGGAAAAGAAGGUGCCCUAUCCUGUGCAUGUACCGGUCGAAAGGCCGGUACCUUACAAAGUUUAUGUACCACAACCGUAUCCGGUCGAAAAGAAGAUACCGUAUCCGGUGAAUGUACCAGUGCCACAACCGUUCCCGAUUGAAAAGACAGUACCAUAUACGGUAAAAGUACCAGUCCACGUACCAGCGCCCUUCCCAGUGGAAAAACCAAUCCCGUUUCCGGUCGAAGUCCCAGUCGAGAGGCCCUAUCCCGUACACGUACCGAAACCAUAUCCGGUGGCUGUGGAAAAACCUGUACCGGUACCAGUAGAAAAACCAGUGCCUUAUCCUUUCAAGGUUCAUGUGGAAAAGCCUGUGCCCUAUCCAGUCGAAAAACCGGUACCUGUACACGUUAAAGUACCAGUACCGGCGCCCUACCCUGUAGAAAAACCUGUACCGGUUCCAGUCGAGAAGCCUGUGCCUUACCCCGUUAAAGUACCAGUCGAACGACCAGUCCCCGUUCAUGUAUCUAAACCGGUUCCUGUGCCAGUAGAAAAACCAGUACCGGUUCCCGUGAAAGUACCGGUUCCGGUACCUGUACAUCAUUAUGAAUCCGGUGGUUCUUUCGAAGGAUCCAGUGAUUAUGGAUCCAGUUAUGGUGAACAUUCCUACUGAGAGCUUUUAAUUUUUUCAGAUGCAUAAAUUAUAUUUUUUAUUCUUUUGACGAUGGCGGACCGCCGACCAUGAUGAUCGUCUUCUUGUGAGAAAUCUUUGAGAAGGUUGCUCUCAAGAAUACGUCCAAAUUUUUUUUUGCUCGAGCAACAAUGGUCGAUGAUAUUUAUUCGUCGAGCCUUUCUUUUUUUUCUUUUGUAUUGAGAAAAGAACGCGAAUGACAUUAGUAUUCUUUUCUCAAAGGGCACUUAUAUUUUUGGUAGAUAUAGCCGAUGAUGUCACUUUAAUUUCUAAGGAAUAAUAUAACACAUUUGAUACAGUCACACUUGGUGAGUGCACUAUGUGGAAACGUUUGUAUAUUUUUCAU